AUGAGUUACAUAUGUACUGGGGUUGACAGUGAUGACAGUGUGAUGUUUAUGUUCAAUGAGGCUCAAAAUUCUACUCGUCAUAUUGAAUUAUUUCUUGAGUAUUCGCCUUUAAGAAAUGUAGAAAUCCCACCAAUUGUUGAUUACGGUGUUGGAUCAUCUACGAGGGUUGAAUAUAUGAGCUUUGAUUGUGGUAUGAAUGAGCAAGCAGAUGUUGCUGAUGCUACUGAUGUUGGAAUGAAUAAUCAAGUGAAUGUUCAGGAUAAUGUUGAUGUUGAUGUUGUACGAAGAGACCGUGAUCCACCAUUGUCGUCUUCAUCAUCUGACACUAUUUUAAGUGAUGAUUCUCAAGCUGAUAUUUCCAGUGAUGAGGAGGUAAUAUAUAAACCCGUCGUGCAAGUACCCGAUGUUGGUAAUGAACACAACACUAUGUACUGGGAUGAGGAACAUCCGUAUCGGAUUAAUGCUGGAACAAAAUUUGAUAGCAAGUUGCAUGUGAAGACUGCUAUCACUAUGUGGAGUUUGAGGCAACAUCGACAAUUUAGAGUGGUGGAGAGCAAAUUAAGAAGGUGGCAUGCUAAAUGCAAAUAUCCAGCGGGGAGGACUGAAGAUGGGGUAGCUAUUAUCAGCGAGACCGACGCUGAAAAAGCGAAUGAAUGUUCUUGGGAAGUUUCUGUGACACAACGGGCCCAUGAUGAUAUGUGGGAAAUUAGGAAGUGGGUGGAACGCCAUAGUUGUGAAGGCCAUCGUAAUGAUAGAGGACAUGCUAACUUUUCAUCAUCAAUGAUUGCUUUGUGUAUUCGGCAUCAAUUGCUAAAAAAUGCUGAGUACAAAGCCGCAGCCGUAAGAAAUUUUGUUCAUGACAAAUUUCAUGUGGUAAUCAGUUAUAAGAAGGCAUGGUAUGCGCGGAGAAGGGCUAUAGAGAUUGUAUUUGGUGGGUGGGAGGAGUCAUUUAGACAGUUGCCAAGCUACAUGCUUGAACUGCAGUCAAGGAAUCCAGGCACAAUUGUUGAGUGGAAGCACAAUGAGUUGUUGAGCCAGGGACGUAAUAAAGUCUUCUAUUAUGUUUUCUGGGCUCUUGGGCCUGCUAUACAUGCUUUCCAAGAGUGUCAGCCAGUUUUAACAAUAGACGGGACUCACCUUCGAGGAAGAUUUAAAGGUAAGUUGCUUGUUGCUUGUGGUGUUGAUGCUAACAAGAAGACUCUGCCGAUUGCAUAUGCUGUUGUUGAUGAAGAAACUGGCGAUAGUUGGCAGUGGUUUUUGGAUCAUGUAAGAAUUCAUGUGGUGAAAUACCAAAGGGAGGUGUGCAUCAUAUCGGAUAGGCAUAAAGGAAUCAUUAAGGCUAUGCGUUCUGAUGAAUGGAAAAAGCCGCCGAUAUGUCACCACAAAUGGUGUUUGGUCCAUUUGAGGAAAAAUAUCAUGGCGAAAUGUAAGGGCAUUAAUGUGAAAGGCAAGAUAUGGGGAUUGGGUAUCACAACUCAAGUACGUAAAUACAUCCGAAGGCGACGUGCACUACGGGAGGAAAGUAUUGUUGCGAUACAAGAGCUCAAUAAAGCCAAAAAAGAAAAUUGGUCUCUUUGUUACGAUGAUGAACUGAGAUGGGGGGUGACCUCAACAAACAUGUCAGAGAGCUACAACAGAGUGUUGAAAGGUGUUAGAGAGUUGCCGAUUAGAGCUUUAGUUGAUCUGACAUUUUGGAGAACAGUGCAAUGGUGGGCAGAUAGAAAAACAGAAAUACAACACACCGAAGGUCGGUUAACCCCGUGGGCGAGGGAUAAACUUGCUGCGAAUGAUGCGAGAGGGCAAAAACAUUAUUGUUCUGUACUUGACCGAGAACUAGGCCAUUACCAAAUUCUAAGUCGUCCACGAAUGGAAGAUGGACAGGCAAAGGGAAACAACAAACAAGAGGUCAAGUUUUUCGAUUCAAAUUGCACUUGUGGGAAGUGGCAGAUGUGGAGAGUUCCUUGUUCACAUGCUUGCACUGUGGCUAGAGAUAGAGGUAACGCUAUGUUUGAACUCAUUGAUAAACACAACCACAAAGCCACAUGGGAAGCACAGUACUCUGGUGGCCCAUUUGGAGCACCAAGACACGAAGACUAUUGGGCUAAACCCGGAUGGAAAUUGUGUAUCACCCCUGAGCAGUUGCUUCCUCGAAAGCGCGGACCAGGCAGAAGAAAGAGGAUUCCUAAUCAAAUGGAUGUCCGCGAGGAUGAUGAACCGAGAGCUCCCCGCAAGUGUAGGAAUUGCGGCGUAGAGGGGCAUGACCGAAGAAAUUGCACAGUCGGACUUGUUGGUGAAGACUGUGUUUCUACUGCGGUUGGAUGA